CCACGGGGUUGCCGAUCGAUCAUCGUUGCACAUAACAGACGCAGAGUGCCUAUCAUAUUAUAAUAUACGUGUUGUACGAUAUUACUUUAAAAAAUAACGACAAUUCAUACACGACAAACAUGAUGCGUCUCUCGUCUGCCAUCGUGGUCUUAAUGAUCGUGGUUGUAGCAGCGUCCGCCGGUAUUUAUCCGGUAAAGAUGGGCAGCAAAGGCGCCACCGUGGGGCCCACGAAAUCUGGCACCAAUCGUGACACGUCGGGUGAUAGUUUUCACAUACAAUCACCAGAUGGACAGUAUGUAUUUGGACACACCAAUGGCGAACAGGGCAGAGCUGAGAUGCGCGACAGUGACGGUACGGUGACCGGAUAUUACAGUUACGCGGACGGCGACGGUCGAGUGGUUCGUGUCGAUUACGUGGCGGACAAGGGCGGAUACAGAGUGUUGUCGAACGCCGGCGUGCCGUCCGCUUCGGUGACUGUGGAGUCGGACGGCGGUAGUGCCCCCGCUGUGGUGAGCGAUUUCCGGAAAAUGUACUCGGACUUGACACGCCGCAUCAAAAACACAGUCGUCCAACGAGGUCAAAAAGUGGUGGAUCUCACCGGUGAAGGCCAACGGCCUGUCACCGUAGAUCCAAUUCCGUACCCUACUGAAGAGACGAAACAUUCAAACCACGAAGAAAAAAUCGGUUUUCCAAAUUGGAAUCAAGUGAAAAUGUCCACUACCCAAAAUCCAACGGAUGGAAUUGAACAUAACGAAGGACAACAACAGCAGCAAGAAACUGUAGAUCCUAAUUGGGAUGGUGCAAAGAUUACAACUCAAAAACCAAAUAUUAAGGAAAACAAUGACGAUGGUAAUGAAUCUAUUGAUGAUUAUAAGAAUGAAAUGAUUACUACAGAAAUGCCUUCAGUACCAUUAGGUCCGAUUCGGCCACAAGUUCCUUCUAGAGGAGAUAAUAAGGGAGGAUAUUCUGAUACAAUAUUCCAUGAAGAUGAUGCCAAGGAAAUUACCACUGAAAUCAGCAACUCAAGAAUCGGUGCAGAAUCUACCGUAAUCAAUGACACACAAAAUAAUUCACCGGUUACAAAAACCAUAUCGACUAUAAACAAUGUUCAAACGACGGUAUCGUAUUACGACGAACCCAGACAAACCACUGAAAGCAGCGACAGCUCACUAGAUUUCCAGACAACAAUUUCUGGUAUAAAACAACUCGAUGAAUAUUCAACAGCAGUGAUUUCGGAAAGUGUGACAGAGAAUUACCAAAGCAUUGGAGAGAACGAGGACAAAAUUAAGAUUCCAUCUGAAACGGAUGUGCUAGUGACCGUCAAACCACUUCAAGAGGAUAAUGAAUCGUUCGAAAAUGUACCGACUACGGUUGAACCGAGUCGUCAAACUGACGUCCAAACCACUGGCGUACCGUCCGGUGUCGAUUACACUACGAUCGAAACGGCGGUAAAAGGAAAAUCCGCGUUAGUUACUACUCUACGGCCCUUGUACGAAUCCGAGAUAACUUCGUCGCAGACCACCGGCAUACCGUCCAGUGUCGAUUACACGACCAUCGAAACUGUUAACGGGAAACCCGCGUUAGUCAGUACGCUGCGGCCAUUGUACGAAUCCGAGAUAACCACAUCACAGACCGGUGGUAGGGUCGGUGACACAGAAACCGCAACAGCAACCGAUGCAACAGGCAUUCAGUACGUGACCGAACAAAACAAUAAUAAUGAAGACCGUCCCGAGUUUAGAACCUUGGAGCCCAAUGAAUCGAUCGGCACUACCACCAGACCCGACUUUGAAAAUUCCCAGGCACAACAAGAACAAGAAGAAAUAGUGUGGCCAGAAAUACCACAAGAGCCAGUGCCUCAAGUCUUGCUGCCUCUGGAUCCAUAUCCCGCUGAAGAUCCGCGGCCGAAAAGUGCAGGCAUCAAGACCACUCAGCCAAACGAUUCGAGACCGGUCAGACAUUACAGACCGGAUGAAGUGAAGUCGGCGGUCAACGUCUCAGAAACUGAAACGACGACUUUAACAAGUAACGACGAAGAAAACGGUGCUAUGUUCAACUUUCCCAGAUAUUAUCUCAUCGGUUGACGAGUAACAACGUCAAACACAACAAAACAAAAAUAAUACUUAUAGCAUUUAUAACUCGAAUAGGUAUUGUGUUUAUCAGGCUUGUUGUAAUAUGCUUAACUAUACGCGUACAUACGAGUAUUCCAAUCAUAAUUAAAAAUUGUAUAUAUAUAUACCUCGCAAUAGAUAACAUAAUAUAUUACGAUGUAUGCUUAAAUUUACUGAAAUAAAUUUAUUUCGAUAAUUAUUAUUGGGAAA